UUGGUAUAGGAAUAAAAUAGGAAUUGUCAAAGAUUUUCAAACUAAUUGUAAGAAGAUCAUAUAAACACAUAUUUACCAGGAAAACUCAGUUCUUUAAUAUCAUGAGACACAAAAUGUCUAAAUGUCAAUUCACCUCAAAUGCUCAAACAGCUAAAGGGCAGUUUGCCACGUAGAAAAAUAAAGGGCGUGUUCUCAUACCAUUACCGGAAACACUAAGCAUAACUCUGAUGGAGCGGUUUCAUUCCUCUCAUUGCACCAUCAUGACUGGUAGAGGGAGACCACACAAGGCAAAAAGUCCUAACACUAAGUGUGCCAAGAGUAAACCUAGACCUGAGGAAAUGAAACAAGUAACUCUGCCCAGAUGUCCAAGGAAAGACUUCACAGAAAAGAGGCAGAAUGGCACCACGAAGGAAGAGAAACCAAAGGAGCAGAAAAAGGCAAACCACACUGAGGAGAAGCCAUCUGUACAGAACGCGGAGAUGACGAAGACACAGCCAGGGAGACCAAAGGACACCACAAAGGAUUCUCUAAAGACCACAAAAGGAAAAAAAUGUGGUGUGAAGGCCAAAUCACCAGAACGAUUUUCAGAGGAAAUGGCAAAGACGCAGCCAAAGGCACCGAAGGAAACCACAAAGGUAAAGACCACUGAAGCAAAAACAUGUGCUGGCAAAGCCAAAUCACCAGACAAUUUCACAAAGACGACAAUGAAGAUGCAUCCAGAGACACCUAAGGACACCACAAAGGAAGAGAAACCAAAGGAGCAGAAAAAGGCAAACCACACUGAGGAGAAGCCAUCUGUACAGAACGCGGAGAUAACAAAGACACAGCCAGGGAGACCAAAGGACACCACAAAGGAUUCUCUAAAGACCACAAAAGGAAAAAAAUGUGGUGUGAGGGCCAAAUCACCAGAACAAUUUUCAGGGGAAAUGGCAAAGAUGCAGCCAAAGGCACCGAAGGAUACCACAAAAGUAAAGACCACAAUGAAGAUGCAUCCAGAGACACCUAAGGACACCACAAAGGCUUGUAUACCAAAAGACAGGUGUGAAAACAAAGCUGAAGUGGACUCUCUCCUCUACACAACUCUGGAAAAAUUGAAGAUUAAGAGGAACGAAAGAGCAGGUGCAGCAGAAGUCAUCAAUGAAGUAAUACAUAAUAUCAUCACGCAUUUGAAACAGACUGACUGCUUUAAAGAAGUAGAAGAGCCACUACGUACUGGCAGUUACUAUGAAAAUCUAAAGAUUUCUAAUCCUGAUGAAUUUGAUGUCAUGCUGCCUAUUCCUGUUGACCGAGUGGACAUCAAACCAUUUGGAGAUGAUGGAGCCUUUUACAGUGUGGCAUUAAAACGUGGCAAGAGCCCUCUGCAAAAAUUUCAAGAGAACAGCAUUUUAUCUGCCAGUAAAAUGCUCAAGGAGUUCAGAGAAGAAGUGAAGAAAAGUGUCAAGAAAUUUACGAAAUGGGAGGUGACAAUAAAGAAAAAAGGCUGCCCCGCAGUGACCUUGAUCACAAAACUACAAUCAGUCACCAUUUCACUGGAUGUCGUUCUCAGUAUUGUGGUUAAAUCAAGCUGGCCACCUUUCACCAAAGACGGUCUUAAAAUAGAGGGCUGGCUAGGAGCAAAAGUAAAGCAGCAACACAAGCGAAAGCCAUAUUAUCUUGUCCCAAAAUAUGAAGGCAGGGGUGCAGUGGAAAACGAUGGGGUCCUUGCUAAGGAUAUUUGGCGGGUUUCUUUUUCUCAUAUUGAGAAGGCCAUAAUGAUGAAUCACGGAUCAGAGAAAACAUGCUGCGAAAAAGGCGGCGCACGCUGCUGCAGGAAGGACUGUUUGAAGCUCCUAAAGCACCUUCUCAGUCUGCUAAAGGAAAAGGACUCUACAUUUGACAAGUUCUGCUCCUACCACGUCAAGACCACAUUCUUACAUGCCUGCUGCUCUAGAACUAAAGACAGUGAUUGGAUGGCCUCAAAUCUGAGCCACUGUUUUCAGCUGCUCCUGCAGGACUUUGUAGCCCACCUGGAACGUCGUCUACUCUGCAACUUCUUCAUCCCAUCUCAAAACCUGCUCUCCAGCCUUAGUCAGACAAGGUGCAAUAAUCUGGCUCGUUGUAUCAGUGAGGAAUGUGACAAGGGCUUUCCUAUUUUCAAGUGACAACAAACAGCAAGUGUUUGGCUUGUGACUAUUCCAGCCCCAUAGCGUUUGAAACAUCCUUGAAGUAAAAAUUGGUCAACUAAACCCAGAUUAAUCUAGGAAGGAAGCAUAAUCGAAAUGGCAUUCACUUAAUACAAUGUAUUUGUGACGAUUUCAUUCUUGUGUUAACUCAGUUUAUUUUGAUCUAAACCUAUAUUUAUAAAAAUGUCUUGCUUUUUCAUUUCUCAUGUUUUUGGCUUUUAUAUUGUCUGUUAAGUACUUCGUAAUAUCACCGGGAUGUUAAUGUUAAAAUGGAACUACAAAAUAAAUUUUAAAUUUUCUUUUUAA